CCACUUAUUUUGUAUCACUCGCCCAAAUCGCCGCUUGUCAAAUACUUUUCCUUAAAUAAUUACCAAUUUUGAUAGCAAAUUGAGCCCGAAUUUCAAUUCCUUGGAAUCUCUUAGUUGCUGCAAUCAUGGCUGGAAAAGCUGAAAUUGAUGUCGAGCUGAAAAAGGCAUUUAUUGCCCAGCAGCAGAGGGUUAUCGAAACUCGGCAAAAACUGCGCCUAUCUGAUAUGCAAAUCGAUGGAAUGAAAAUGGAUAUUCGUCGCAGCGAACUGACAGACAGAGAGAUGGCCGCCUUGCCUGACGAUACUGUCGUCUACGAAAGUGUGGGUCACGCUUUCUUCUUAGAAUCUGUGGCCAAAGUCAGACAGAACAUUGACGGAAAAGUAAAAGCCAGCCAGGAAAAAAUCAAGAAGCUGGAAGCAAACAAAAAUUAUUUGGAGCGCACUUUGAAGGACGGAGAAAAUAACUUGCGAGAAAUGGUGCAGCAAAGGAAGGAAAUGUCAUCACAUUAAUUUAUUUUCACCUACUUUUAUUUAGAAUCACAUCUUUGUGAAAAACUUAAUUCUAAAGUCCCAACAAUUAAAUGCUUAAUUUAUAUUGAAUAAAUUACUGUGCAGUUUAUUGAAUGAG